AUGCUUUCUGGGAAAAAGUGCCCAAAUUUAUCUGUGAAAGUUGGGCGUCGAUGCGUGAUCAAGAAGCAGAAAAUUAGAUGUCCACGCGGCUUCGAGAAUUACAAUGGAAGAUGUCGGUACCGCUGUCCGAGAAAGUUUUACCGGAAAGGGAAUCUGUGCUUACGGACGACAAACCUUGACUACAGAUGCCCAAAGGGAACCGACCAAAAAGGAAAACUAUGCGUUUACUCACCAGCGAUCUCCUGUAAGAAGGGUUACGACCUCUACAGGUUAGAAUGUCUGCCAAAGUGUCCAUUAGGUUAUUCUCGCCUUGGACGAAUAUGUAAGAAAACUGAUGCGAAGACGGCGGUCAGGAAAAGCAAAGGUGGACCUAAAGCCCCAGUCAACCUCGCCCUGAGGAUGAAAGCCUGGCAAUCGACCACAGCAAAGAAUGCUGUAGCAGGCCGGGCGGUAGAUGGCAACAAGAACACAAACUUCAAAAAGGGCACGUGUACGAGAACAAAGGACAUCAACAAGUAUCAUCAUUGGUGGGCAGUCGACAUGACGAAACCUCAAACAGUCCAGGAGGUUGUUUUGACUAAUCGAGGCGAUUGCUGUGGUGAUCGCUUGGAGGAGUUUGAAAUUCUUGUAACAAACAAACGCCCAGGACCGAUGAUGAUGCGGUCCAGCUUGGAAGAGCGUUGCGCCAAUCAGGACAAACCUAUGAAAAAAGGCCAAACGUUUCGUUUUAAAUGUCGGCGACCAAUGCAAGGCCGUUACGUGGUAAUAUGGAAGGAGGAUAACAAAACUCCUCUGACUUUGUGUGAGGUGGAGGUAUAUGGCGUAGGAGGCCAGGAUGCGGGUGAAAGCAAGAGUAAGAAGCCCCACAAGACGAAACGUGUAAAGGCUGGCAAUGCUCCCGCAAAGAACAAGCGUCAUCCAGACUACGCCAAGCUUGGCCCGAACCUUGCCCAAGGAAAAAAAGCAAAACAGAGCUCUACAGUGAAUAAUGGCGUAGCAUCACGUGCGGUCGACGGCAAAAGAAAUUCUGACUUUUCUAAAGGAUCUUGUACGAUGACAAAGACCAUUCCAGACAAUAAGAAAGGGUACCAUUGGUGGAGAGUGGACCUUGGAAGGUCAAGGAAAGUCUCAGUUGUGUACAUAAUGAACCGAGUAGACUGUUGCGCUAACCGACUACACAAGUUUGAAGUCCUCGUCACCAAUAGUGACCCAAGUGAUGGAGACGUAAAACCAAUCAGCACAAAUACCUGCGUUUCCCGGAGUGCUCCAAUGAAGGCAGGAGAAGGCAGAUUCUUCCGUUGCAAAGAGCCAGUUUCAGGCCGCUAUGUCAUCGUAAGGAAACGGGAUAGAACUUCGUCUUUGACGCUUUGCGAGGUCGAGGUGUACAGCGGAAAAUUAAAAUGGCAGACGACAACCCCAAAGGUGACAGCGCUUACCAACUUGGCUAAGAAUAAGAAAGCUUACCAGAGUUCCACCUUAAAUGGCGCUGUUGCUGGUCGAGCCGUUGAUGGCAACAAGAGUACCACCUUGCAGAGCAAAUCGUGCUCAGCGACACAAAAUACAGCGAGACACAAACAUUGGUGGGCGGUGGAUCUCGGCCGAAAAUACAAAGUAAAGUCUGUGAAAAUUGCGAAUUAUAAAAAUCUGGUUAACUUUGAGGUGGCGGUCUCAAACAAAUUGCCCAAUGCGGCCACCUUCAAAAUCGACCGCAACGACAGAUGUUACUACAGCGUCUCGGCCCUCAAGAAGGGAAAGACCAAAUCCUUCUCUUGCUACAGACCGAUGGUAGGACGAUUUGUUGUCAUCCGCAAGAAGGAUAGGAAGACACCUUUGGCCCUGUGCGAGGUGGAGGUAUAUGGUGAAAAUUUGCCAUCUGGCUAACUUUCCAAGAUCGUACCUCGUCUCGCAUGGGCGGAGCAAAUGCAGCUGUCAAAUCUGAACCAUCUAAGACUCUGUUUAAUGUCGAUAAGAACAUACAGUUAAUACGAUUUAGCCUUUAAAAUGUAAACUUACGAAGUACGAAAUAUCAGCAUUAUUCAACAUGAUUUCUGAAUUAC